UACUUUCAGACAUAAGACGCAGCGAGGGAAGGGAGAAACCAGACAGAGGCGGAAUCCAGAGAGCUCAUAGCUGCGGGAGCGACAUGGAUGAAGAUCACAAUUACAGUGGCGGGGGCGGAAAUCACUUGGAGACUUCCAAGGCUGAGAGAUCUGUUUGGCUGAUGAAGUGUCCUCUUGUCGUUGCCAAGUCAUGGCAGAAUCAUCCUACCUCUCAUCCUCAACCCCUCGCCAAGGUCGUCCUCUCCCUCGAUCCUCUUCAUGCCGACGAUCCCUCCGCCCUCCAGUUCACGAUGGAGAUGGCUGGCACGGAUGCAGUGAAUAUGCCUAAAACAUAUUCUUUAAAUAUGUUUAAGGAUUUUGUUCCUAUGUGUGUAUUCUCUGAGACAAACCAAGGCAAGGUUGCGAUGGAAGGGAAGGUAGAACAUAAAUUUGAUAUGAAGCCCCAUGGUGAAAAUAUUGAAGAGUAUGGCAGAUUAUGCCGUGAGAGGACAAACAAAUCUAUGAUUAAAAAUCGACAAAUACAGGUUAUUGAUAAUGAUCGUGGAGUUCUAAUGAGGCCCAUGCCUGGAAUGGUUGGUCUAGUUUCUUCCAAUUCAAAGGAUAAGAAGAAGACACAACCGGUGAAACAGUCAGAUACAAAGAGAACAAGAAGAGAUCGUGGAGAGCUGGAAGACAUAAUGUUCAAGCUGUUUGAAAGACAGCCUAAUUGGGCCUUGAAGCAGCUUGUCCAAGAGACUGACCAACCAGCUCAAUUCUUGAAGGAGAUACUGAAUGAAUUGUGCGUGUACAAUAAAAGGGGUGCCAAUCAGGGAACUUAUGAGCUUAAGCCCGAAUACAAGAAAUCUGUCGUUGAAGAAGAUACAGGUGCUGAAUAAGCAUACUUUGCUCCUUAUGCCCCGAUUCCCCCUCCCUCCAGAAUAAAAUAUAAAGUUAAGAGUAAACUCAUAUAUUGGGGAAGGGGGAAGUCAGGGGGCACGGGUACAUUUAUGUAUCUCUAGUAUACUCAGCUUACGAUAUUUUUUCUUUUUCUUUCUUCUUUUUAAGCAUCUUUUCAAACUUAAAGAAGAUGCCCAAGUGAGUCGUCUACUCUGUAAAAGGAUAUUAAGGUAGCGGUAAAAAAAAAAUUACGGGUAAUUGCUUGGUUGAGCUGGGAAUUUCAAGGCAGGGAGAAUUUCUUAACCUUUGGUUUCUAGUCACCGUUCUCCUGUCUUCUAGAUGUGCAUAUAAGGUAUUGCCAUCCGUAUUUGCUA